AGGGGCAGAACCGUCAGCCAAGCCACGCCCUCUCGAGGCCCAGCCGGCCAGCUCCCCAAAUUCCCAGCACGCCCCGCCCCCGCGUCCCGCGCGACCCAAUGGCGCUCUCGCUCGCGCGCAGCCCCCACACCGCCGCGGCGCUCCCGGCCCCGCGGGUUUCCCACUUUGCCCCUCCCCUGCCCCCGCUCCGCUCCCCUCGCCGCCAUCACCGGGUGGGCCUCCGCCUCCGCUUCCCGGCCGCCGCCGUCGCGGCCUCGGAGGCGCAGGCCGCCCCCGCGGCGGCGGAGGAGCUGCAGGGGGAGAAGCGGCGGAAGCUGUACGUGGCCAACCUGCCCUGGUCCGUGCCCGCGCCGGAGGUCGAGAAGCUCUUCGCGCAGUGCGGCACCGUCAAGGACGUCGAGCUGAUCAAGGGGAAGGAUGGGAGGAACAGGGGCUUCGCGUUCGUGACGAUGUCGACGGCGGAGGAGGCGGCCGCCGCCGUGGAGAAGCUCAACUCCCACGAGGUAAUGGGGCGGAAAAUCAAGGUGGAAUUUUCAAAGAGCUUCAGAAAACCUGCUCCAACUCCUCCUCCAGGCACCAUUAUAGAGCGGCACAAGCUCUACGUGUCCAACCUUCCAUGGAAAGCAAGAGCUCCCAAUGUCAAAGAAUUCUUCUCAAAAUUUAACCCACUUUCUGCUAACGUUAUCUUUGAUAAUGGAAAAGCAGCUGGGUACGGUUUUGUUUCCUUUGGGACAAAAGAAGAAGCAGAGGCUGCUCUCAGUGAGCUUGAUGGCAAGGAACUUAUGGGAAGACCUGUUCGUUUGAAUUGGAAGGAAAGUGGUGAUGAUAAGGUUGAAGUUGUAAAGGCUGAUGCUGAAGUAGAAACUGUAAAUACUGAAGGAGCAAGCGCUGAUGAUGCCAGCGAUGAUGGAGGUGAAGAUAAACAGGAAUAGUAAAAAACAAUAUGCUGGCCUAGAGGAAGAAAGUUUCAUACGCCUUAUUGAUAUAAAUAUAAGAAUUGAUAUGGAGCCUUGUUGUACAGCUGGAAGUUUUUCUUUUUUCCAUACUUCCCGGUGCGUGAGUGCAUGGUGGUUGUGCCUAUAAUUACACUUAUAACUCAUGGUUGGUACUUAAAUUAAGUUGUUUCUGUGGAAAAUUUAAUUCCACAUCAUCGUAAAA